AUGUGCCAAUUGAAUGGCGGGGGAGGGGUGAUGUCCGAAUGCGCUUGCGAUGGGUAUUUAUUGCAAUUGCAAUUGCAGCACGGAAAUCAUCAAGAACCCAGAAGCUUGGACGACAAAAUCGGGCAGUACGCUGUUUUGCAUGCUACCUUACCUCUUGCUGGUACUCGUGCUGGUGCUCGUGCCGUGCCGUAUUGCUUGUUUAUUGCUGGUGCAUUAACUUGUGGAGACUGCGAGAAUAGCAUCGCAUCGCAUCGCACCUUAUCAAUUAUCACAGUGGAACUGUCGAUGAUGAAUAGAGUUGGUCGAUCUUGGGGAUGUGUCAACCACGAAGCCGGGACAUUUGAGAUUGAUACUCAUUCCGCGUGUCUCAUUUCAAACUGCUUUGGCAUGUUGUCCGAUUUAACUUUUCAGUAG